AAUCAGUGUGUGAGGAGAAUCAGGUGUUUUGUGAACGCGCUAAAACGAGCUUUUUUCCCUGUACUAUCGGCGGGAAACUCGGCGCUGCUCGUGCUGUUUUCUCUGUGUAAGAGUAUUUUGGGUUUAAUCUGAAUAUUUCCGCAGCUCGGUUCUCCUGAUGGCGGAGAAGCCCAUGUGGGAGCAGAUCGGCACGGGCUUCGUGCAGCAUUAUUACCAGCAGUUUGAUUCAGACCGGGGGAAACUCGCAGAUCUGUAUACGGAUGCCUCCUGUAUGACUUGGGAAGGAGAAGGAUUUCAAGGAAAGACAGCAAUCAUGGGCAAACUGAGUAGCCUGCCGUUUCAGACCAUUCAGCACAGCAUCACUGCUCAGGACCAUCACCCCACACCAGACAGCUGUGUCAUGAGCAUGGUCAUGGGCCAGUUAAAGGCUGACCAGGACCAAGUUAUGGGUUUUCAGCAGGUGUUCCUGCUGAAGAAUGUUGAUAAUAAAUGGGUCUGCACUAAUGAUAUGUUCCGGUUAGCUCUUCACAAUUUCGGAGCGUAGUAGUUAACCUGUGUAACACCAGACAUUUCUUAUAGAAACCAAUCCAGAUAUGUCUUGUCUAAUGAAACACAGUGAACACUCUUGUGUUUAUUAUGCAGGACUUUGUUUUGACCUGUUGGCCUUAAGGCUCAGGAACGUUUGCACUUUCCGAACCACCAUCUCUUAUCUUUCCCAGUGUUAGAAUGAAGCGCUUAUGGUGGUGACCGUGUUCAGUAAUGGUGUGAUUCUGUUAUACGUCUGUCUAUCAAAAUAAUCUGAAUCAACAAUAAAUAUACUGAAAAUAUGUGGACACAGUC